AUGGCGGAGGAACGUCGUGCCAUUCCGGCCGUGAUGAUGGCAAUCAAGGUCCUGUGCGAAGCCUCAGAGGACGAUGUGAUGAACUCGCUUGAGGAGUUCAGAGUGGCGCACCGGGCUCGCCUGUCAGCACUGAUGGCGCAGAGUGUGGCCGAAGGGCUCGAGGCCUACAAGCAACAUGGGACCCAGGCCUCGUUCGAUGCUGAGCUGCUGGUUGGCGCACUCGGGGAGCCAGUUGAGUUCGUGGACGAGCUCCCGUCAGAGCUGGACUAUGCCCAGUUCAACCCGGCCGAGAACCUCGAUGAUGGUGCUGCCUGCGCAGCCGAUACAGGAGGAAUCUUUGGAGGUCGCCCAGCUUGCCCGUCAGACGGUCCUGGAGCAGUGUUCGGGGCCAAGCCGAGCCAGUUAGCGGCUCCGGGCUCCUUGGUGAAGAGCAAAGGCAAAGGCAAGGGCCCCGUGCAGAGCCCUACACCUCAGCAGGUUCCGACAUCGCCGACGACAAGGACAACCGAUGCCCCGGCAGCAAAAGGCGCGUCAGCGGCUAAAGCCAAGGACCCCGCUGGCGCCAAGGCGGCCAGUCAGUCCUCCGAGUGGCGCGGCUGGACAGGUGAUCCACGAGGGUCGGCCGUGCCCGUUCGUACAGAGGCAGUGAUUCCUCCUUGG